GCAAUAACAAAUGUCAAGGUCAUAAAAUAAACUCUACAAUGUCCGACUGGAAAGAAACCCAUUUUACAUCCACCCCCAGAGAUACUCGCCAAAAUUUUCAAAGAGGCCAAGGAAAUUUAUCACCAAGGCUUAGCAGUCCAUUGAUUAAAACAACAAACGAAACUCGUAGACCGGAAAGACCUAGAGAAUUUUACAAUAGAGUAGCUGGUUUAGCUGUUGGGAUCUCAAGUGUAUUUGCUGAGCAUAUCCUAUCCCAUCCAUUCGUUAUUUUAAGACGACAAUGUCAAGUUAAUCAUGAAUCGUUACGGCAUCAUAUAACACCGUUUACCUUAGUACCAGUAACCUAUAAUAUAAUAUCUCAUCAGUCUUUAUCGCCUUUUUGGAAAGGAUUAAGUAGCAGUUUAAUGGUUAAAGGUAUAUCUGUUGCUGUAGAAUCUGCCAUUUGUGAAUUGACGCCCCUUCCAAAAGAAAUAAACAGGCACAGCUCUUUGAAAACUAUAGGACAGCAUAUACUAUUGAAAUGUAUAUCAUAUGCAGUAGCUUCACCGUUUUACAUUUCAUGUCUGAUUGAAACUGUCCAGAGCGAUGUAGCAUCGGAAACUCCUGGUGUAUUAGAUGUGCUUCGGGAUGGUAUUUAUAGAGUUAUUGGUUACAACACAACGAAUAGACUUCUUCCUUUUUGGAAGUUGGUUCUGCCAUGUGUAACAUUUGGAGUUUUACAUUAUUCACUAUCUAGUAUUGUACAGCAUACUGUCCUUAUGUCGAUUAAACACGAUCGACAAGAAAAAGAUGAGAAACAUUCUUUAGUGAACACUUAUUAUCCUGAAUUGUUAAGUAAUUGGACUUCAAGGUUUCUAACCGAUCUUGUAUUAUAUCCACUAGAGCUGGUCAUUCAUAGAUUAGGUUUACAAGGUACAAGAACUCUUGUUGACGAUAUGGAUAAUGGAACGAAUGUUAUUCCAAUUGUUUCAAGAUAUGAGAGUAGUGUUGAUUGCUUUAGGACUAUUAUUCUUGACGAAGGAAUGAGCGGUCUUUAUAGAGGAAUUGGCGCUCUCAUGCUACAAUAUGCUGUUCAUGGAGCUGUCGUUAGAGUAGCGAAAUUAUUUCUUGUGAUUUUGUCAAGGAAAAUUGAUGAUGGUGAUGAUGAAAAUCAAGCUUAUCGUAAUCCAAAUUGGUCAAUCGAUAAAAGAAUAAAGGAGUAUCCCGUCAGCCAAAGAGAAGAAACAGAACAGAAAGUUCAUCCAGUAAAUUAUACUGUACGGUACGCACCAGCUGGUGGAAAAAUCAAGACAGUGCCAUCUGAAUAA